ACGGGAUUAAUUUUCAAAAUGGCGCCUCGACUUUUUACUUUUUGAACGUCGCUCUGUGGACUUUCGACAAAUAUUUCCCGAAGAAAGAAGUGCCUGUAGUGAAAACCUCCCAAGACAGCACCGUAAGACGUCUCAUGGUAGGCAGAACCGACCAUGCCACAAUUCAAAGACGCCUUCAUGGGCCAUUUUGGCUAUGAUGAACUGAAGAGACACAUGAGACAAGCCAAGGAGUUCUGCAAUGAGAUAGGAGCAGUGCUGCAUGAAAGGGCUGAGUUGGAACAGGCGUAUGCCAAAGGCUUGAGUAAGCUGUCCACCAAACUUGCCAAGGCAGUCAACACCACAGGCGGAACUCUGAUGACAACAUGGACGUGUGUGGCCACAGAAAUGGAGCUGGAGGCAGAGAUGCACAGAAAUCUGUCAUCAGCCCUAAACGAGGAUGCCUGGAAACCCCUGAAAAGUUUCAUAGAAGCCCAGUCAAAAACUAGAAAACCUAUGGAAACAACUGUAGAAAAAGUCACCAAAUCUUUGGGAGAGAGAAUAGCAGAACAAAACAAGAUGAAGGUGACGACAUACCUCCAUGCUCGUGAGAUGGAGAGACUACAGGAACAGUUGGACGACGUCAACAGUGGCAAGGGGAGGGUCUUCUCAGAGAAAGAAAUAUCCAAGUUGCAUAAAAAGAAGAAGAAGGCAGAAGACAACCAGCAGAAGAGUGAGACGGAGUAUCUGGACCUGGUGGUGAAGGCAGAACGUUCCCGUCACGACUGGGAGGCCUCGGCGUAUAAGUGCUGUGCUCUGAUGCAGAACCUGGAGGAGGAGAGGAUCAAGUUCAUGCACGAACUUCUCAACAAGUACAACUCUUUCCUCUCAGAUAUCGGGCCCAAGAUGGCACAGAGUUGUAACAGACUGGGAGAGUCUGUGUUAUGUGUGGACAUCAGUGGUGACAUUGCUCACAUGAUAGAACACUACAAGACUGUGGACUAUGUACCUGAACAGUUACUGUACGACUGCUAUGAAGAGGACACCACCAACACAAUAAACACAGACAGAAGAAAAUCUGCCCUUCUCAGGAAGUUACACAGACUUGGCACCGAGAUAGAUCGGGAAAAAAAGUCAAGAGAAGGUACUACAUGUAAUCAUGCUCCUCCUAAAAGGAAAUUGUUCUUUGCCUUUUUCAGAGGUGUUCAGCACCUACACCAGGUGUACAGUGACAGACCAGGGUUUGCAGACUCCGAGGCCAAAGGAGAGGUCCAUCAGCAGUUGUUACAUUUGAAUGCCAUGAUAGACCUGCUCUCGGUCAGUCAGUACAAGCUGCAGUGCACACUUGCGCUGCUAGAGGGCCACAAUAAACCAGAGCAUCCCCUCAGCCAGUACAUAGAACAACAUAGGGACAAACAGUAUGUGGGGACUGCCAAUGUACACCUGAAGCGACUUCGACGCCAUUCUACAGGAAGCAUGCUGCUACGGAGCGAUAGCGUGUUAUUUCAGGGGAUUAUGCACAGCACACUAAGGAUCCCGACAGUUAUCACCCUGGGAGCAACAGGUGGCCCCCCACAGUCCAGUGGACCUGCCCACAGACAUGCCACAUUAAUGCCCCAGGGUAACUCUGUACCCAUGAGGUCUGAACCAACCAGGAUGGAGACUAACUCUGUAGACUCAACUUAUGAUGGCUACUCGGACACAGAGUUUGAUGAUGGUCCCCCUGAAGUGCUAUGCCAGUGUAAAGCACAGUUUGCCUUCACCAGUAAUGAGAAAGAUGAGAUAUCCAUACAACCAGGAGACAUCAUUAAUGUACAUGAGAAGCUUGAAGACGGCUGGUGGUGUGGAGAGUUGAGAGGACACACUGGGUACUUCCCGGCUUCUUACGUAGAAGAACUUCCAACAAGGCACGCCAGCUCCUCAGAAGUCUGACUCACAACUUUUGCAACACUUGGCAACUGGUGUUGGAUAACAUAAUGUUACAAUUUUAUAGUAGGAUGGAUUUAUACUCCUGUAUGAUUUCUAUGUACGGUUAUGUUCACAGUUUUUUUUUUUUUACUGUCACUUCUGUAACAUGAACUUGUCACUCUGUUACCAUAAAGACAAAGUGAAUUACAGUACUUCAGCAUUUGGAUUAAAGAACUGUUAGGAAACAUGUAUAGUCCCUUUUGUGCUACACUAAAACUAAUGGUUAGAGUAGCUUCAAUUUCUCGUAGUUUUUUUUUUUUUAAAGGACAGCUGCCAGUGUGAUGACAUGUACCUCAUAUCAUUUAUCGUAAUUACAAAAAUCAGUCUUCUCACCUUCUUCAAAUACACGUUUUGUUAUUGAAUGAAUUAACAAUUAGAUAAAGGAAAGAGAUAAGACAAGGUGGCAAGAAAAAGAGCUAGCUGUAAUAUACCUACAUGUAUUUUAUUUUACAUUGUAUGGAUGGGUCAGUCUUUUGAUCAGUUACUUUUAAAUUCCAACAUAUCUGUAUAUACUGAUUUAUGAAUUGUUUGCUUUGUGUACUGAUAUGUAUUGUGAUUUUUUAAAAUUUGUGUGGAAACUAACUUAAUUUGGGACAACGGGUGAUUUUAGGUAAUUUGCAUGUUGUGUAUAAGUCUUACUGCGUGCUUGUUUUGGGGUACUAAUUGAGCAAAGUCAAGAUAUCAUGGUAGUAGAUGUCUUAUACUGUGCAAUUAUGUAUUAUAAUUCCAAUGUUUGAUGAAAGAAGUUUAAAAGGGAUUAUGUUUUCAGGUUUUUACCUUGAUUUCCAAUGGGCUUUGAGAAUACCAACAGGAAAAUUGUUAUUAACCUUAUUUUAGAGCCUCACUCUUUGUCUCUUGAAUGUUUCCAAAGAGGCAUUUACAUGUAUAUCUGUAAUACAUGGGGUGUUGGAAAUUUUAUUUUGCAUCUGACCUGAAACUGCCAUUUCCUUCCUCAGUGGAACAAUUUUGCUGCAUUUAAUAAUUGUACAUACUGAAUCAAAUAUAAUGUUACUAACUGUAACUGUGGAAAUUUUCCAACCAUUUUCAGCUCUUGUUGAUUUGUGUAAGAUGCACAAUGUAUAUCACUCAAUUAUUUAUACAGACAAAAUAUUCUUAUAGGAAUAUGAUAUGCAUAAAUUAGGCUUUUAUUUAGUGUCUGUGUGAAGCUUUACACUUGCUUGUAUUUGUUGCAUUCUUACUGUUUUUCUGGUCUCUAAACUAAUUAUGUUACCAUAUUUAGACUGGACCAAACAGUUUAUAUGCAUAGUCUUCUUUAUAUGCAUAGGCUAGUAUUCUUAGAACUCGCAAGGUUGUUGCUUUGACCAAAUUUAACAAUUCAACUCACCCUUUUCCAUGUAAUAUGUAGACAAUGUACAUGUAGCUUGAGAAAAGUUUGCAUCUGAUCUGAAACUCUCACAAGAUCAUGUUUGUAAAAUAUGAGCUUCAGAAAAAACGUCUGGCUGCUAGUUUUAAAUACAUUUGUACAUGACAUUGUUGUACAAACAACAUUUAGUACUACAUGUACUUUUACUGACCCAAUGUAGAUAGUACUAUCUGGAUGAUACUAGUAUGUACCUUUUUCCUUUACCCAACAAGGUAGGGAAGUAUUGUUUGCUUCUGCUAGGUUAAAAAGUCUUUUCAUACCUGAUACUUGGGUACAUUGUAGCUCUAGAUGUUUAUAAAAAUGCAUUAGUCUUCAUACUAACAUGAACAACAAUCAUGCAUCGAUCCUAGCUGACUAGCUAGUUCAUGACUUUGUGAUAGGACCUUAACAUCAGUAUGGUUAAACAUUGUACUAUGUAGAUACAUCAGUGUGCCUUACUCUAUGCCAUAACAGAUUUACAUACAUGUUGCUCAUCAGAAUCUGUUACGACACACUUCUAUGAAGUGUUGUAUCCAGAUUUUUGUGAUCUAUGCAGAAAUAAUAAACCAUCAGUUCAUUCACAGCAAGGCUUUUAUUGGUGCAUGUAUCAUAUGGAUGUGGUCAACUUACUAUAAGUAUGCCAAAUGUCAACAAACACUUUUAUGGAACGUAUGACAUAAGCUAAUAGUAAUAGAUAUAACUCAAUUUUUGUUUUCUUAGACAGAUUGCAUUAGUUUUGGCUGUACUUAUAUUACGUAUCCUAAGACACGUGUAUUACCACUUUAAGUGACAUGAACUAGAAGGAUAGGGUUGUUAAAGUAGAGACCAAACUGAGUAAUACUAGUAGCUUCCACAAG